ACGUACUGAGACGAACAAUUCCAUUUCCAUCCUGGGCUCUUUUCUAUUUCUGUCACUGCUUCAGCUGCUGCCACUCAUCGCCUCAAUCACAAACAAACAAACACGGUUAGCUGGUCAGAUGAGUGGGUAGGAGGAUACAUGGCUGCCCGAGCUUCCCUUACUGCUUCCGGCCCUGUGUCUUGCUCGCAUUAAGCGCCUGGCAGAACUUUACAGCGGCAGUCUGUACCAGGUAAAGGGGGCGCCUUCCCUUGAGUCUUGCGCCGUUUUUCCCGACGAAGCUUAAAGGCGAAAUCAAGCCCUUGGGAUUUUGUUUACUCACGAGUCGCUGUUAUCUUGCUCCAAGAAAUCCGAUUGCCAUUUUGGACAAGACAGGCUGAAAGGAUAAACAGGAGCUGGACUAUGUCACUGUGCUACUCAGGUCUACUAUGGGAUGUAAGGAACCGCUCUCUUGGAUUGAGUGAGCCCGAUGUGGUCCGUCUCAACUAUUUGGGAAGAAGAGCGUUUGUCCAAAGACUUAAAUUGGAAGCAGCGUUAAAUGUUCAUGAUGGCUGUGUAAACUCAAUUUCUUGGGGUAGUACAGGGGAAUACAUUUUAUCUGGAUCUGAUGAUACCACUUUGGUUAUCACCAACCCCUAUAAUAAAAAAGUCCUUACAAGAAUUCGAUCAGGUCACAGAGCCAAUAUUUUUAGUGCAAAGUUCCUGCCUCUUACCAAUGACAAGCAGAUUAUAUCCUGCUCUGGAGAUGGAGUUAUAUUUUUUACAGAUAUUGAAAAAGAUGCAGACACAAAUAGGCAAUGCCAAUUUACAUGCCAUUAUGGAACCGCUUAUGAGAUCAUGACAGUACCCAAUGAUCCCUACACAUUUCUGUCCUGUGGUGAAGAUGGAACUGUUAGAUGGUUUGAUACCAGGAUGAAGACCAGCUGUACAAAAGAAGAUUGCAAAGAUGAUAUUCUAAUUAACUGCAGACGGGCUGCUACCUCAAUUGCAAUUUGUCCCACAGCACCAUACUACCUUGCUGUUGGAUGUUCGGACAGUUCCGUGAGAAUAUAUGAUCGCCGUAUGCUUGGAACUAGAGCAACAAACAAUUAUUCAAAUCGUGGAACUACAGGAAUGUGUGUCCGUUUUGUUCCCUCUCAUCUUGCAAACAAAUCCUGCAGAGUGACUUCUUUGUGCUAUAGUGAAGAUGGGCAAGAGGUUUUAGUGAGCUACUCCUCUGACUAUAUUUACCUAUUUGAUCCUAAAGAUGACCAAGCAAAAGUGCUCAAAUUUCCUUCAUCUGAUCAGAGAAGGGACGAGGUAAGGCAACCCCCUGUUAAACGCCUAAGACUUCGAGGAGAUUGGUCUGAUACAGGUCCAAGGGCAAGACCUGAAAGUGAACGUGAAAGAGAUGGAGAUCAAAGCACCAAUGCAUCACUAAUGCAAAGAAUGUCUGACAUGCUCUCAAGGUGGUUUGAAGAGGCAAGUGAAGUUGCACAGAGCAGCAGAAGACAAGUCCGACCGCAAAAUAGAGCAGGAACCUCACAGCCUGUUUCAUCAGCUUCCCUGUCUAUAAACCAUACGGAAACCCAGGCAUCCGAAAUACUUCCAGAGGUGGCUGCCUCCUCAGAUCUGCAAUCUUCCUCAUCACAUGUAGAAGAAAGUCAAUUGAUGACUUCUGUAUCUUCUGAACAGCUAGAAACUUCUGCUUCAUCAGACAGAGGAUGCACCCCUGCUGAUUCACCUUCUGUGAUUAGCAAACAGCUUGGAUCCAUGUCACUUGAUGAACCACAGGAGAGUUCUAAAGUAACCUCAGAGAGAGAGCGAGAGACAAAUGAGCCGGUACUGCAGUUACAUUAUAGCACCGAAGGAACAACAACAAGUACAAUAAGACUGGACUUCACAGAUGAAUGGAGCAAUACAGCUUCAAGUUCUAUAGCUGUGAAAGUGGGUAACAAUGAAAAUACUGCAACUACUGAACUGACACAUGCAAGUAAAAUGGAAGGCACAUCUGAAAGUGCAGAGCAGAAUGUAGAGGCAACGUGCAGUGACCCUAGAAUGGGGCAAGGAAACCUUAAAAAAUCAAACAGAAGCUCAAAUAAUGAGGAACUUCCAGAAACAUCUGUGACUGCAGCACAGACUGAAUCAGCAUCUGCAAGCUCUGCACACCAGGAGACUGACAGUGAUGAUGACACCGUUCGAUUCCCAACCAGAAAUAGAUUAAGUGUCGGAGGACCUUCAAUUAGUACUAGAUUAACAAGGAGAUCAGCAGCAGCUCGUAUCCAGGAACUCUUUAGAAGAAGAAAAGAAAGAAAGGAGUUGGAAGAGAUGGACAUGCAAAAUGUACAUCAGCCGUCUUCAAAAGUAGUAUACAAGGGUCAUCGGAAUUCCCGAACAAUGAUUAAAGAGGCUGCAUUUUGGGGCAAAAACUUUGUAAUGAGUGGUUCUGAUUGUGGCCAUAUAUUCAUCUGGAAUCGGCAUACAGCAGAUCAUUUAAUGCUUUUAGAAGCGGAUAAUCAUGUGGUAAACUGUCUACAGCCACAUCCAUAUGACCCAAUUUUAGCAUCAUCUGGAAUAGACUACAAUAUUAAGAUAUGGUCUCCUCUUGAACAAGACAAGUGCUUUAACUGGAAACUUGCUGAAGAGGUGAUUUCACGGAAUGAGUUGAUGCUGGAAGAAACAAGAAAUACUAUUACGGUCCCAGCAUCUUUCAUGUUAAGAAUGUUGGCUUCACUCAACCAUAUACGGGCAGAUCGAGGAGAUGAUCGUCCUGAAGGAGCUGGUCCGGAUAACUCCAAUGAAGAUGAAUGACCAUACUUCUCUUAUAAACAUUUAAGCAUAUUGUAUUUAUAUAAAAGCAAUUUAUUAUAAUUUUCCUAGACAGAUUUGGCAAGUUUACUUUAUUUUAUGAUAUGAAAACUUUGUAUUGUGACAGAAUGGAGAGCCUCUGGUAACUUAUUGUUUUAAAUUAAAAGGAUUUUUUUUAUAUAGA